AUGAAGAUACAAACCAAUGCUGUAAACGUCCUUCAACGGACGUCCGCUUACUUGAAAUCAGGACUGUUGAAAGAAACACCUGCGUGGUACAACGUCGUGGCGUCUAUCCCACCAUCCACCAAGUUUACACGUGAACCUCGUUUCAAGAAUCCUUCCAAUGGACACAUCAUAGGGAAACUUGUCGAUGUGACAGAACAACCGCACGUCAACAAUAACGGAUUUUACAAGACAAGACCCAACACGAGAGACAAAAGGGUAGGCGUGAAAAGGCUGUACAAACCCCCUAAACUAACAUACGUAGAGGACAAGCUCAGAACCCUCUUUUACAAACAACAUCCAUGGGAGUUGUCGAGGCCUAAAAUUUUAGUGGAAAACGAAAUCGGUGAUGAAGAUUACGAUUGGAGCCACAUGCUUCAGAUAGGAAAACCACUCGAUGGUGAAAGUGUCAUCCAACGAACUAUGCAUUUACUCAAGACGAAGCAGUGUGAGGACAUGGUUGAAGCAUAUGACCAUGCCAGAUAUGAAUUCUACGCGUUGAGAAUGCAAGAAGAAACAGAGCAGCAAGUGGCUUUGGAAGAGGCAGAGAUGUUCGGAUCCAUCUUCGGAGUUUCAGCCAUUGAACAUGGUAUACAGAAGGAACAAGAGGUCCUGGACGUGUGGGAAAAGAAGGUUGUUGAAGAAACUGAACUAAUGGCAGCAAGGUCAAGUAAUCCUGCAGGGUCGUGGAAGGACGACACUACAUUGGAUACAGCACAAGAAGAAGAACCCACCACUUCCGAGAACCUCCACUUCUAG